UUCUUUCUGGUGCCAUAGUCCUAAACUGUAUGGUCAGCUCAGGGAGUGCAGGAUUAUUCUACCCUGCAGUGUGAAACUGACACCCCCACCCCACCCCCGGCGCGACCCCCAAUAGUCAUAAGAUGAGUGAUCAAAUCAAAACGGGUCAGGCAAUGCGGAAGAGCUUUACCACCAUCUUUCUUUCUGGUGCCGCCACAGUUGCGACUCUGUUCUAUCAGGUAAUGGAGUCCCUAACUUCAGCUUCAGUUUUCUCAUGACCGACAAACUCAGUAGCAGAAUUCAGGUCUCCGGAGGCCAGAGGAACGGAGCGGAAGUUCCUCACUCGCCAUCUUUCUUUUGGGCAACGCUCUUGUCACUGCUCUCUCUGUCUGCUGAGGGAGCUUGGAGUCGCUGGAUUAUAAGAGGCUGUAGAACUGCUCCACCCUGGAGCCGCGUGUAAGGAUGCUUGAAGUCCGGAGCUCAGCCAUGGUCCUCCACCACUUAGCCAAACUCACUGAACUAGGUGAUCCACCAGUCCCUGUGAGAAACUUCGGAGUGCAAGGAGUAUGACCUUCUGUGAUGUAGUUGGACUGUUUGUAAGGAUUCAACUUUUUUAAUGCUGAGGACUCUAUAUCCUUUAAGGAUGUAGCUGUGAACUUCACCGCAGAGGAGUGGGCUUUGCUAAAUUCUUCCCAAAAAAGACUGUACAGAGAUGUGAUGCAGGAAACCUGCAGGAACCUGGCUGCCAUAGCAAAAAAGCAAGAAGACUGUAUCCUUGAAGAUGACUCUGAAAAUUUAUGGAAAAAUUUUCCCAUUUCAAUUCAGACUGAAUACAAACUAUGUGAGAGUCAAGAAUAUGCAGAGAAACCAGGCACAUGUAAGGAGUGUGGGAAAUUCUUUAGUUCUCCCCAAAGUUUUCUGAAACAUGUGAAGACUCACACUGAAGAGAAAACUUAUAAAUAUAAACAAACUGAAGAUGGUUUUAGCAGACACAAUUUUGUUCAAGGGCAUGAAAGAAUGCAUGCUACAGAAAAGCCCUAUGUGUUAAAGCAGAGUGGGAAAGACUCUUUGACUCUUGCUGGUAUUCAACAGCACAUAAUAACACAUAAUGGAGAUGGGCCAUAUAUAUGUAAAGUAUGUGGUAAAGUCUUUCACUCUUCCAGUUCUUUCUUGACACAUAAAAGAGCUCACACUGGAGAACAGCUUUAUAUAUGUAAGCAAUGUGGCAAAACCUUCACUUAUUCUAGUGGCCUUCGCCGCCAUGAAAGGACCCAUAGUGGAGAGAAACCCUAUGAAUGCAAGCAAUUUCUGAAAGUCUUUCCUUCUUUGAGGAAGGUUGAAAGUCAUGAACAAACUCACAAUGGAAUAAAAUACAUAUGUAAUCAAUGUGGGAUAUCCCUCAGUGAGCACAGUUCCCUUCAGUGCCAUGAGACAAUUCAUAGUUUAGGGAAACCCUAUGUAUACAAGCAAUGUGGGAAGACAUUCACUUGUUCUAGUGCCUUGCGAAGACAUGAGCGAAUUCAUACUGGAGUGAAACCCUAUGAAUGCAAGGUAUGCAAGAAAGCCUUCAUUGAUUGCAGUUCUCUUCAGUGUCAUGAAAGGAUUCAUAAUGGAGAGAAACCUUAUGUAUGUAAGCUGUGCGGGAAAGCAUUCAGUCGUCAAGGCUCUUUGAAAUGUCAUGAAAGAAUCCAUAGUGGAGAAAAGCCCUAUGCAUGUAAGCAGUGUGGGAAAGCCUUCAUGCAUCACAAUGCUCUUCGAUACCAUGAACAGAUUCACAGGGGAGAGAAGGCCUAUGGCUGUAAGCAAUGUGGGAAAGCCUUUGUGUUGAGCAGCGCACUGAAAAAACAUGAGCGAAUCCAUAGUGGAUUAAAACCUUGUCUAUGCAAAGUAUGUGGGAAAGCCUUCACAUUUCAUAGUUCCCUCCAUUGCCAUGAAAGGACUCACACUGGGGAGAAACCCUAUGUAUGUAAACAGUGUGGGAAAGCCUUUAUGUAUCACAGUUCUCUUCGUUGCCAUGAAAAUAUUCACACUGCAGAGAAACCCUAUGUGUGUAAGCUGUGUGGGACAGCCUUCACUUAUCACAGUUCUCUUCAACGCCAUGAAAGAAUCCACAGGGGAGAGAAACCAUAUGUAUGUAAAUUCUGUGCUAAAGCCUUCACUGAUCAUAGUUCCCUACGAUGCCAUGAAAGAAUUCACACUGGAGAGAAACCAUAUGUAUGUAAACAAUGUGGAAAAUCCUACAGUACUCAGGGUUCUCUUAGAUACCAUGAAAGGGUGCACUGUGUGUAAACUACGUCAGAAGACCUUCUCCUUUUUGAAUAAGUUUUAAUUUCAUUAACUAAAAAAAUAUGGUUGUAAGUAAGCUUUACCAUGUUCUGGUUCUCGUAAAGAAAUAGAGACACAGUAGAAACUUAUCUCUAAAUAUAGACUAAAGGAAAGCUCUAGAUCUUUUUAGCAAACAUGAGGGCAUAAUGAAUUUAACUUGUAUCAAUGUAAAACAUAUGGAAUUAUCUAUACUUGUCUCAGUUCAGUUCUGAGAAACCACUAUGGGAAUGAAAAGAUGGCUUAGUUUGUAUAGUCCCUGCCACAGAAGCAUGAGAUCCUGGGUUUAAAUCCUCAGCACACAUGUAAAAGCACAUGAUGGCACAUGCUUAUAAUCUCAGUGCUAGGCAGUUAAAGACAAAAGAAUUCCUGAGGGUUGCUGGUUAGCUAGGCUACUUGAGUCAGUUCAGGCUCAAUAAGAGAGUUCUCAAAAAAUAAAGUGGAGAAUGUUAAGGAAGACACCCAACAUGCAAAGGGCAAUAGUCUGGAUUUUCCUACUAGGCUCUUGUUAUCAACCUCUAUGUGCAAGUACAAAUAUGUACCCACACAUGAACACUCAUUCACACAGUCAAGCACAUCACACACAUAAAAGAACACACCACAUCAAGAACCUUGAUUAGAAGAAACCUGUAGUCUACAUUGGCCAAUAUAUCAAAACACACAGUCAAAACCUUAUAAAUGUAGAUAGAAUUGUCCUUUGUAGCAUACAAUGUCAAAGUCUGAUACAGCAGAAUACUGUUGUACACAACUGACAUGAAGAGCCUGGUAUAAAAUAGUCUGUGUAGAAUGCUUUAGAAACUGCACAGUCCAGAGGAGGGUUUGUCAGUGGCACAUUCAUAGGUGCAUCUGAAUAAUACAAUGUGUUCCUCACAUUAUUCUUGAAAAUAAAUGUUUUAGUGAAAUUAUUUAAUAAGGUUUACUUAACCUUGCAUGUGCUUAAUCUGUAGUUUCACUAUUAGUAAAGUCAGUUAAUAACUUUUCCUGCUUUUAAUUUAAACAUUGAAUUGAAAUGUCUUUCUAAUAUGUGAACAGUCUUCAUUUUUACGUAUUUUUAAAAUAAUUGUGUCUAAUGUACCUAUAAAAAUGGGAAAGUGGCUCAAUGGAAAAGCAUCAGAAAUGAGGCCAUAUCUCCAGUACCCAUAUGUAAAGCUACAUGUAGCCAAAACAUACCUGUAACAUCAUUGCUGAAAGUGGGGACAGUGCUGGAAGAUUACUAGUACUUGCUGGGACUUGCUGGCCAGUCAAUCUAAGUGAAAAACAAGCUCCAAGAUUAGUUCAAGACCAUGUCACAAGCAAAGAUGCAGAGGCAGUAGAAGAGGAUGCCUGAUGUUGUCCUCUGACUUCCACUCACGCAAGCUAGGUACUCACACAAAAGGCAAUUAACAGUCUGGAUUUUCCUACGAGGCUCUUGUCAUGGAUUGUAUGUAAAUUCAGAACAAAUGACUUUUCAAGUAGAUUUAAUUAUUUUUUCACUUUUUUUACCUUAAAAAGUCAAUAACUAUUUUGUCUCAAAUACAGAGUUAGAAAAUUGGUCUGAGAAGAGGUUUUGUGAUGUAAACUAGAUAAAGUACGUACAAAAUCUAAGAAGUGCAGGAUAGAAGCCCUGCUACCUAGAGCCUGCCAAUUCAAGGGGAAGCCAGAUCUUUGAUGGUUUUUGGAGUUCAAGUGAGGGAUUCUGAUCUUCAGGAGUCUGCUGCUGGCAUACUUGACAGUGAUGAACUUGGUGAGGUUUUCAUUGACUUUCACAAUGUUCUUGGCCAUGGGCUGCAUGACUUCCAGUGUUUCAUUCUCCAUGUAUCCUGUGUAAUACUGCUGCUUUAAAUUCGAUUUUCCUUGGCUCAGCACUCUCCGAGACAGGCAGGAAACAGCAGCUGCAGCCUGAGAAAAGUGAUGUCAUAGUUGAUGAGUAUCAGCUCCAUCAGAUACUUGGCUAAAGUGUGUUGUUCAACAUCGACCUCCCCGGCAUUUGAAGCUCAUCUUAAGUAGGUGGGCAAAGGCCAGCCCCAUCUCCAAAUUCAACUUUUUCAAAAUCAGAGUCUCUGUUUCUCCGUCUGUGAUAUAAACAAAGUCUUCAAUACUCAGAGAAAACAUUACAUUUGGAAACCAGAAGCAGAGCUGUGAUCCCAGCCAGCUACAGCUUCUUGCUGCAGACCAGCUUAACCUGUUGGAACCAGUCCAUGAUGGCAAUGCACAUAUAUGUAGUUUCCUAUAAAAGCCUAAACUUGGACCAGCUUUUUUUCUAGUUUCUUCUAAAAUUUCCUACUGUUUAGUCACAUGGCUCAGCUUUAGAUUAACUGCUGCAUCAAUAUUCUUCAAAUCACUGGAUACCUUUGAGCAUCAGAGUAGCAACAUGAGGGCCACCCUGGGAAGUGUAGGUGAGGCAUAGCCACUCUGGUUUAUCAUACCACAGGAGUUCUAUUUUUGACUUUUAAUAUUGUCUCCAAAUAAGAAUCCUGUGCACAUUUUAUAGUUUAACUAUUUUCAACAGUAUAUAUGCAUACACACAGAUUAUAUAUACAUAUAUAUGUAGAUAUGUGUGUGUAUAAUGUUUGUAUGUAUAUUGACAACUUAUCUGCAAAAUAAGCAUAAAGAGACAACUUUACUGUUUUUCAAAUUUU